GCCGCUCACAACACGGUUCUCAGAGUGCACCUGCACACACCCAUGGGCACACAUUCAAGCCACAGGCUGCGGGUUCUGCUAACAUGUCCUUCCCUUCCCUCCUCCCUGCCUCACCUUGCUCCCUUUCCCUUUCCCCACCCCCAGCCCUUGUCCCACACAAUGCGAUUUUUGUUUGCUUCGGCAGCAUGUGACAGUGGAGUCCCUGCUUUGCCUAACUCAGUGUGGCAGGUCUCUCGGGUAACAGGUGGCAACUUCCCCUGUUGGAUGAUGGAGCCCAGAGAAGCCACUGGGAAGGGAAACCUGGGAGGCAAGAGAAAGAAUCUGACCUUCCUGAGACCCAGGCUGUACAUGCUGGAGAGGAGGAAGACAGACACUGUGGUGGACAGCGGUGUUUCUGGGGACCACUCUGGCACCUUGAGGAGGAGCCAGUCUGACAGGACCGAAUACAACCAGAAACUCCAAGAAAAGAUGACGCCACAGACUGAGUGCUCCUCAGCUGAGACCCAAACCCCUGAGGAAGAGCAACAGAUGAAAAGGAUGUCGGCAAAGCGGGCGAAAAUCAUCGGGGAACUGAUACAGACGGAGAGGGAUUACGUCACGGAUCUGGAGCUGUGCGUCAAAGAAGUGGUCCAGCCGCUGAGAAACAAACAGGUUGACAGGCUGGACGUGGAGGGCUUGUUCAGCAACAUCGAAUCCGUGCACCAGAUAUCAGCCAAGCUACUGGCCAUGUUGGAAGAGGCCACAACAGACGUGGAUCCAGCCAUGCAAGUAAUCGGAGAGGUAUUCUUGCAGAUUAAAGGACCACUGGAGGAUGUUUAUAAAAUCUACUGCUAUCAUCACGAUGAAGCACACAGUGUACUGGAGUCCUAUGAAAAGGAGGAAGAGCUGAGGCACCAUUUGAACCACUGUAUCCAGUCCUUAAAGAAUAUAUAUAUGCAAGAAGGCAAACCAAACCUGCUGGACAUGGGCUCUUUGAUGAUCAAACCUAUUCAACGUGUGAUGAAAUACCCACUGCUACUGUGUGAACUUCGGAACUCAACCCCUCCCUCCCACCCCGACUACAGAGCACUGGAAGAAGCCUUCGCUGCUGUGAAGGACAUUAAUGUUAACAUCAAUGAGCUGAAGAGAAGGAAAGACCUGGUUUUAAAAUAUAAGAAGAAUGAUGAGGAAGAAUCACUCAAAGACAAACUAUCUAAACUAAAUAUUCAUUCAAUUAGCAAGAAGUCAAAAAGAGUCACAAAUCAUCUAAAGAUCCUGACCAGAGGAGAGUCACAGGUCAAAGACAACACCUUUAACAGGGAAGAAAAGCUUUUUAGAUCACUAGAAAAGACUCUGAGGUUUUGUGUGAAGAACAUUUCAUCCUGCCUUCAGCACAUAGAGCAGGCCAUGCCCUUCACUCUGCAGAGUGUAGCAGAGCUCCGUGAGAUUUCCUACAAGGAUGGAGAGAUGAACUGCGGUGAACCCCAUAGUCAUGCUUUAAAUCCCUGUCAAGACUUUGUAGCUCGCUCUCAGAGACUCAUCCUGACCCCACUGUCAGCCUUGCUGUCCUUAUUCCCAGGGCCUCAGAAGCUCAUCCAAAAACGCUAUGACAAACUACUGGACUACAAUAGCUCCCUGCCACGGUCAGCAGCCGAUGAAUCAGACUUGGCCAAACGGGAAUAUGAGGCCCUCAAUGCCCAGCUUGUGGAAGAGCUCCAGACAUUCAACCAGGCUGCCAGGAAGAUCCUGCUGAACUGCCUGUGCAGUUUUAUCACCCUCCUCCGGGACUUGAUGCUGGUGGCGCUGCAGGCUUAUUCCACAGUCAGGCCGAUGCCACUGCCCGUCUUGAGCAUCUCUGAGAUUCAAAAUCGAGUGCUGGAAGAGGUUCAAAACUUGAAUUUUGUAAAGGACAACAGUGCCACCUUUAUUGAGAGGAAGCUUAGCUUUGAAAAGAAGAAGCCUGCUCAGGUUCUGCCAGAAGUGCCACAUCAAACUGACGAUCACCGCUCCAAACUUCUGUCCACGUACGGAGCAGAGGAACUCUACCGAGCCAAGCGCAAGUGUAACGCCACCCAGGAGCAUGACAUCGAUCUUCUAGAAGGAGAGUUGGUAGCCGUCCUGGAACAGAAAGAUCCCCUGGGGAGUACAAGCAGGUGGUUUGUUGACACAGGAUGUGCCAAAGGCUACGUGUAUUCCUCCUUCCUAAAGCGCUACAACCCGGCGAAAGAGCAGAAGGCGGAUGCUGAGGGCAGAUUCUGCGACGAGGAUUUUGAGAACAUCAGUCUCUUUGUGUCUUGUCGGCCAGCUGGCGACAGUGUCUCCAGCACUCCUGAAGACGGCAGCAUAAGCGACAGCAGCUCAUCGCUUAGUGGCACUUGUGGGAAGUCUGCAACAAAUGGUGCUGAUGCUGAUCAUUCUCAAGAGGUAGACGAACAGAUUUUCUAUGCAGUCCAUGCUUUCCAGGCACGGAGUGACCAUGAACUCAGCCUUCAGGAGUACCAGAGAGUCCAUAUACUCAGAUUUUGUGAUCUGAGUGGGAAUAAAGAGUGGUGGCUAGCCGAAGCACAAGGGCAGAAAGGGUAUGUGCCAGCUAACUACCUCGGGAAGAUGACAUAUGCUUAAGAAAAUCAGCAUGAAACGACAGUCAUUUCCUGGCAAGCUGCUUACUGACUACCUCAUAAAACAGACACUGAAACUUCAAACCGGAAACUGACAGUGUAUCAUGUUUAAGGAAAACUUUGCUUCCUAAUAGGGCAGUUUUAUUGAUGUAUAAAGAAUAGUUGUUGAUAGAGAUAUUACCAACAGAAACAGCAGAGUAAACAGCCUAGGCUCCAGCUACAUAUUUAAAGGUAGAGAUCUUUUGAAAAGAUAUAUUUUUGUUUAUUAUCACCAAAGAGUAGAGCUAAGAAUAAGAUUUUUCACUUUAUAGUAAUAUCUUUUACUGUACUUUGUCUUAAACAUAUUUUUAUUUGCACAUACAUGUUUACAUACACACAUAAUAUAUAUUCUGCAGUUUAUACAUGAUGAGUAUAAUACAGAUUAUACAUAUAAACACAGAAUAAACUAAUUACAUGUAAAAUAAUUAACAGCCAAUUAGAAGGGGCUCCAUUUUUAAUACAUUUUUAAUCACAAGGGAAACAUAAUAUAUUGAUAAUAUCAAAACUUACUAGAAGUGUGCUACAUGAUAGACAUUGCUUUAAAUGAUUUACACAUAAUAAUUUAGUGCAACAUAAAAAGCAAACAUUGCUAGCAAGUGAUGGAGGUUUGUCAAACACGGGCAGCAUGGUUCCAAGGUCCCUAGGUGUCCCUAAUGACUACACCAUACACUAAGUGCAAAACAGUGAUGUAAGUAAUGGACCUGGAGGAAAUCAUUUUUCUCUCAGAUCCACAUUUCAAUAUUUAACAGCUUUUCAAAAUUAAGAACUUUCAAAGACUUCCACACAAGCCUGGGAGAGAAAAAUGAAGUGUCCAGAUUUAUUAUUUGUACUUUUAUUGUUGUGAUUAAGCAUGUUUGAAAGUGUAAUUGUUUUAAAGCUGUGGUACAUGAUUACCGAUGAAGUUUUAAUGGGGAAACAUUUUCAGAUCACUCACUGAUUUGGAGAUGUAUGAGGAGUGUGCCUUCUACUUCAGAGCCAAGACGUAAAUACUUUAGUGGCCAGUUUGUGCUCAGACAAGGCACUGAGCAUUGUAUUAUCUGUAACACCACGCUCAGGGCAUUGCGCUUUAACUUGGGUACUGCUCAGAGAAGUGUCCUCCAAAAUUUCAGUCAUAUUCAUUCAGUCAAGACACGUAAUUGGGUUAAUAUAGAUAAGUGGGACAGACACAGGGAUGAGAGGAGUGAGGGGGAGCGCUCAGAAGUAGAGGGGGAAAAUAGUUGGAUGUAACAACUGUAUAGAGAAAAGUUUAUGAAGAGCAAAAUGUCUGGCAUGUGUUUACUUGGUCAGCAUUACUGAAUACCUGCCUUUAUCAGGAACUCUGGUAGAUUUGAGGGUCUGAGCACAUUUCAAAUCCGUGCAGUGCCUGGCCAGUGUCUAAUGAGGGCAGCCUUAUGCAGAGAACUAAAACUGUGAUGACCACUAGCCGUAAACAAAGCGUGUUUAGGAUCAUGUAACAGUGAGACUUCUAAUUUUGUUUGAUUUUAGUGGUUACUCAUAAGUAGGGAAGAUUUUAAUUGCCCAUAAAAUCCUAAUGACACAUUUUAAGAUUUCUCACUUUGAAAGACUGGAUCCAAUUGAUGUACAUAUAUAUGUUACAUUUAUUACUCAGCAAUAUCUAUAACAAAAUAAAGAGUUCUAUUUCUUCUAGUGUUGCUGACUGAAUAUCAUAUCCUCUUCCCUUAUAUGAAUAAAGUUUAUAGGACUACUAAAUUCAUUAAAAUAGCUUUAUAAAAUUUUCCUGACAUUGCUUUUGCAUAAAAUGUUUUCUUUUUUAAGUAAGAUAACAAAAUAUUUUCUAAAAGAUAAUAGAGACUUCAUUUUUUUCUUUUAAUUGCUCUUUGAGUUCAAUUUUAAAACAUAAAUUUAUUUGCCUAAAGUUAAACAAAAAGAAUCAGGAGUUGCUACAUAAGGAUAUCACAAAAAUGUCCAAAGAGGCAUAAUUUACAUACUGCAGCACAUACCUGCACACCUGUAUGCAACACUGAGCUUCAGCAUUUUACACAAAAAUAAAGAAUUGUAUAAAUAAAACACAUGUGCCUUUCUGGCUGAAACAGAUGAUUAGAUGGAGGAGCUUUGAGUACUGGUGUGUGCCCAGGACUGACACUUCCUGUCUGCCUUUUGAACACUCUACACCAGGACAAUCAAUACUUCACUUAGCUCCAGAGAAAGAACCAGUAUGAAGCCAGUGACUGCGACUUUCCUAUCAUGACGAGCACAUUUCUAUAAGUGAGCUCUGAAAAAUUACAAAUGCCUUCAUUUUCUACUUCUUUAAUAACAAGUAAACUGUAAUUUUGAAAUUAGACAUUAUUUCACUAGGCCUCAGAAAAAUAAAUUUCCAAGAUAGUUUAUAGGAUGUUUAUAUUUAAUCAGUUUAAAAGAUUAAACUGUUAGUUGCAUCAGCAUAAUUACAAUUACACAAGCUAAUGCAGUUUGUUAUAUUUCUUUUAAAAUUACUAUUGUACUGAAUAGGAUCCUCUGAAGUGGGCAGCUAUUUUUACCAAGAUGAAGAGGAAGCUUUUAUACCUAUUUUUCUUUCUAAAAAAAUAAAAAUAUAUGCAUCUUAUUUAUAUUUUAUUUUGAAACGCAGAUGUUCAAAACUACUAGUACAUGUAAUAAAGUGUAGAGAGUAUAACAUAUACAACUAGUAAUAUAAAAUUAUCAUUGGUGUGGAAUCAUGAAAAAGUCAUAAAGCUACUAUUGGAACAUUCUUUAUACUUCAGAAAAAUAUCCUGAGUUUGAAGGAUGGGUGGAGGCAAAGGGAGAGAGACACACGCUUAGUCACAGUAAUAAAGCAAUGGGUGACAGAUGUUAAACAUUCCAAAUCAUUCCAAAAUAUAAUUCGGGUUUUGAGAAAUUGCUUUUUAAAUGCCUGAUGCUAUUUGGGAUGAACAUAGUUUGGGUGAUUUACAAAAAUGAGUGUUUCACACUGAAUCAUGGAAUUAAAAACUCUUGGAUUUUCUCAUUUGCCUCUUGGAUUUUUUUUCUACCACAUUAACCUCGCACAGCUGUAUGAAUAAAAGGAGAAAAUCUUAAGACAUAAAAGCCCUGUAAGUCAUUUGUAGUAACUAUAGCUUCCUAAUAUACCCACUGCAUUGCUAAGUAGUGACUUCACAUUCAGAAUUCAGACCUCACAAAACUCAGACCGAACAAGCUUAUACAUUUACAUUAUGGUCAUGAGGAUGUGAUUACAGUUCGCUGACUAGACGGACACUGGACUUGAAAUUCUGUAGGAAUAGAUCCUGUUCAAAGGCUGCAACUCCUAAAAGUCUAAUUUUAUAGUUGCUUCCCUCUAUAUAUAUACAGAGAUGUAAAAACUUAUCACUAAAUGAUAUGUAAUCUACAAAACUACUCCAGUAAGAACUUUUCCUCAGGGCUACUGGAUUUCAAGCUGAGAUGUCUUUAGGCAGCUACUGUUAAAAGCAGGUACAUUAGAACAUUUUGAAAAAUAUCUCACCAUUUUAGAAAAGACAAUGAAAUACUCUUGGUCAGAAAUCCUGGGAAUGUAUUCUUACUAAAUAAGUUUUGUUUUGUUUAAACCUCCUCUAAGGCAUCUGAAUGU